AUGUCUUUCGAUUUGAACUGUUUAAAUGUUUAUAAUGAUAUUCCAUUGAUUACCAAUAAAUCCAAUAAUAUAAUUCAUCCAAUUUAUAAACCAAAUGGAGAUAAUUUUUUAUCAAAAUUUUCUUCAUUAAUAAUUCAUUCAUCAUUUUCAUCUGAUGAUCUUCAAUUAUAUAUUAAAAAUUCUCAAAAGAAUUCUUUGAAAUUUCCAUCAAAAAUGCUUUCAUCUCUGAUUAUUUAUUCGAGUAUAAUACUUAUUUUGUUAAUAAUAUCAACAAUUAUUUUCUAUAUAAUAUCAUCUUUAAAUUUUAAUAAAAGAAAAUUAUCAAAAAAUUCAUUUUUAAAAUUAGUUUCUAUUAUUUUCUUAAAUCUAAUUUAUUUAUUUAUAUUAAUUCAAAUGAUCUAUAUUAUUAUAAAUAUAAAUAACACAAAACUUUAUUUAAAUAAAUCAAUAAAACAAAUAAAUUCUCAAAUGAAUUCCGAAACUAUUUCACAAUAUUUAUUAAAACAAUUUCAACAAUUUUCUUCAAAAUCAACUUCAAUAAUUGUUAAUGGUUCAAAAUCAAUAAUGAUAAAAUCAUUUUCUGAUUAUUAUGAUAUUAAAGAAUUAAAUUUAAUUAUUAAUAAUAUAAAUGAACAUUUAGAUUAUUUCAAUUCUUUAAUUGUUAAUAAUGAAAUUUUAACAAAAUUUUUUCGACAAUUUACAAAUUCUUAUAGAAAUUUAUUAAAUUUAAAUAGAAGAAUUUGUGAUUAUAUUAAUAAAAAUGAUAAUAAUGAAAUUGAAAAAAAAAUCUUUUAUUUAAAAAAUUUAAUUGAAGAACAAAUGAAAUUUUUUAUUGAAAUAUUAAAUGGACAAAUUUUAAAUAAAAUAAAUUUUAAAUUAUUUAAUAAUAAACAACAAGACAAAAUUCAUUCAAUUAUUUCAUUCAUUACCAAUUUCAUUUUUAUUAUUAUUUCAAUUUUAAUUAUUCUUCCAUUCACUUUUUUAAUUAUUAUUAUUUCAAAAUAUUUUUUUUUUUAUAAAAAUCAUCGAAAUAAUAAUCGAUUACAAAAUCAAUUUCAAUCUCUUGAUGUUCGACAAUUACAAUCAUCUCAUAUUCACAGUUAUAAUCAACAAUCAUCUACAACACAUCCUUCAAGAUCAAAUCAUAAGACAUCAUCAAAGAAAUCAAAAUCAAGAAAAGAAAAGAAUUAUCAUAGAAAUCCAAAUGGUGAAAGAAGUUCUUCACUUAUUAAUAAUAAUCAAUCAAGAACUGUUCAUAAUCAUAAUUUAUUUCUUUGUUUAAUCCGUAUUAAUUUUGGUUUAUUAGUCAUUUUUUUAAUAAUUCUAUCAUUAAUAACUAGUCUUCUAUAUGGAAUUGAUAUGAUUUUACAGAGUUCUUGUCAAGUAAUUCAUUAUGAUCAACCAUUUUUAAUUUCAUAUGUUACAGAUAAUUUCAUAAAAUCGAUCGAUGAUUUUGAUGUAAAUGCAACAUUAAAUAAUUUAAUAAAUGAUUGUUCAAAUAAUAUUCAUUUUAGUAAAAAAUUCUUGGAAAAAUUUUCUUUAAAAUUAGAUGAUGAAUUAAUAAAAAUAAUUGAACAAUUAAAUAUAAAUAUUUAUAAUCAAUUUCAAUCAUCAAUUCCAAUAAAAAAUAUUUCAUCAGAAUUUCAUUUAUUUAAUAAUUUUGUUAAUUUAACUGGUUUAACAACUCUUCAUGAUCGUUUAGUUCGAAUUGAAAAUAAUUUUAAUAAAAUUAAUCAAAAAUUUACACAAAUUAUUCAACAAAAUUCAAAAUUAUCAAAUAAUUUUAUGACAAAAAUAAUAAAUCAAUUUAAAUUAUUACUUGAACGAAUACUUGAAUCAACAAUUGAUUCUUGUCCAUUACCAAUAAAUGAUAUUUAUAAAAUAGAUGAAUUAAUUUGUCAUAAAACAACAAAUAUAAUUAAUGGUUUAUGGAUGAAAAUUCUAUUAUUUAUUUUUACUAUUGUAUUUGGACUUUAUAUUUUUGGUAUAUACAUAUAUAAACAACUCAAUUAA